GUGAAUCUGGCGACAACGUUACAGCACGCUUGUGUCAAGUUUACACACAUUACGCACGUAGAAAUAGCUUUUUUGUGCCGCCCGAGAAACAACAGAGAUGCAUAUUACAUUGAACUUUACCGAAAGCUGCAUUUCGCUGAAUAUUUUUCGAUACUCACGUCCGCGCAACUCAGGUAGGCUAAACGCGAAACGCACCCGUACCGCUGCUCGGAGACAAACUAAUUGCUUUUGUAUGACUCCGUAAAUCUGUGCGAUGUGUAAUGUCCUCAUUGUGGGGGUGUGCAGCGGGACAGGAGAAAAUGAUAAGCUGAAUGCUGCAUGUUAUCCGUCCACCGUAGCGGUUGUCUCUUUUUUCCUUAUCCGACAACUUCAGCCGCGUUGCCGAGGGAGGAAAGCGCCGCAGCAUCUCCGUAUCCUCGUUUUGUUUUGACAGCGCCCUUCAAACACCAGCCUCCAUUUAAACCAUCCUUUUUUUUUUUUUUUUUUUGUCUUGAGUUAGGGAUGAAUAUGGGUGGCACGCUGUGGGAACUACUGCGUUUUUGUUUGUUGCUUUACGACCAGAGCUCAAAGUUGAAAGCGACUGAAGCCGAAUUGGAUGUCGAUUCUCGCCGGCUGGCAUGGCAUGAUGGUUUUUUCCCCACUGGAUGGACGAUGGGCGAUCUGUUCGAUAACUUAUUCUAGAAACCGUUUUGUGUAAAACAACAAAACAAAAAACUAAAAAAAAAAACAACAACAACAAAAAAUAGUUGACCGAUUGCGUCCAUAGGCUGCGUGUGUUGUGCAAAUAAAUGACCUGAGGUAAAUGGCUUGCAUGGUUUAUUUGUUGCCUAGGUGGCGUUCACAGUCAGGAAGUCAUGUCCAGAUCGGGUGAUAGAACAUCCACCUUUGACCCAACACACAGUGACACCCUGCUGCAUGGGCUCAAUCUCUUGUGGAGGAAACAGCUUUUCUGUGAUGUGACUCUCACUGCCCAGGGACAGCAGUUCCACUGCCACAAAGCUGUGCUGGCAUCCUGCUCCCAGUAUUUCAGAUCCCUCUUCUCCUCCCAUAAUGUAAUCAACAAUGAGGGGAGCAAAGGGGACCAGGGCAGCAGUGGGACCCCCUCGUCCUCUCCUGAUGACAAGCUGGUCAGCACCAGCGCCAGGCCCAUCAAUAACCUGGUACUCCAGGGCUGCUCUUCCAUUGGACUGCGAUUAGUGCUGGAGUACCUGUAUACUGCCAAUGUUACUCUUUCCCUGGACACGGUGGAAGAGGUGCUGUCAGUCAGCAAGAUCCUCAACAUCCCCCAGAUUACCAAGCUCAGCGUGCAGUUCCUCAAUGACCAGAUCUCCGUGCAGAACUACAAGCAGAUCUGCAAGAUCGCCGCGCUCCACGGACUGGAUGAGACCAAGAAGCUGGCCAACAAGUACCUGGUGGAGGAUGUGCUGCUGCUGAACUUUGAGGAGAUGUGCGCCAUGCUAGAUGCUCUGCCACCCCCGGUGGAGUCGGAGCUGGCUCUCUUCCAGAUGUCAGUCCUCUGGCUGGAGCAUGACCGGGAGACUCGCAUGCACUAUGCACCGGACCUUAUGAAGAGGCUCCGCUUUGCCCUCAUACCUGCCCCAGAGCUGGUGGAGAGGGUGCAGUCCGUUGACUUCAUGAGGAGUGACCCUGUGUGCCAGAAACUGCUCCUGGAUGCCAUGAACUACCACUUGAUGCCCUUCAGACAGCACUGCAGGCAGACCUUGGCCAGCAGAAUCCGUUCCAAUAAGAGGAUGCUGUUACUGGUGGGUGGUUUGCCUCCUGGACCCGAUCGUCUCCCCAGUAAUUUGGUCCAGUACUAUGACGACGAGAAAAAGACAUGGAAGAUCCUCACAAUAAUGCCUUACAACAGCGCACAUCACUGUGUGGUGGAGGUGGAGAACUUCCUGCUGCUGCUGGGUGGAGAGGACCAGUGGAACCCCAACGGAAAGCACAGCACUAAUUUUGUCAGCCGCUAUGAUCCCAGAUUCAACAGCUGGAUACAGUUGCCUCCGAUGCAGGAGAGGAGAGCCAGUUUCUUCGCCUGUCGCCUGGAGAAGCACCUGUACGUAAUUGGCGGCCGGAACGAGGCGGGCUACCUCUCCAGCGUGGAGUCCUACAACCUGGAGACGAACGAGUGGAACUACGUGUCGUCUCUGCCGCAGCCUCUGGCCGCCCAUGCGGGAGCAGUGCACAACGGCAAGAUCUACAUAUCAGGAGGCGUGCACAAUGGCGAGUACGUGUCUUGGCUCUACUGUUAUGACCCUAUAAUGGAUGUGUGGGCAAGGAAACAGGAUAUGAACACAAAGCGGGCCAUUCACGCUCUGGCUGGAAUGAACGACCGCCUAUACGCUAUUGGUGGAAACCAUUUGAAAGGUUUCUCCCAUCUAGAUGUAAUGUUGGUGGAGUGUUACGACCCGAAAGCCGACCAGUGGAACAUCCUGCAGACGCCCAUACUGGAGGGUCGCAGUGGUCCGGGCUGCGCUGUUUUGGAUGACAGCAUUUUCCUCGUGGGGGGCUACAGCUGGAGCAUGGGGGCCUAUAAGUCGUCGACCAUCUGCUACAGCCCUGAGAAAGGAACAUGGACAGAGUUGGAGGGAGAGGUAGCUGAGCCUUUGGCGGGCCCGGCCUGCUCCACCGUCGUACUGCCCGCCUGCCUCCCUUUUAACAAAUGACAACUAGUCCGACCGACGUGCGGUAAGGGCAAGGAACAGCAGAGUGACUGGCGGGAGGACCAGCAAUGAGCAAAACAGUUGUCAUUGAUUUUGUGACAAACCCUCCAGUCGUGUGCCGGGGGUGUGUAUAAAUUAUUUUUUUACAGGUUUGACCAGAGCACUUUCGUUAUUCUCUUCUAAAGGAUUGAGAGAAAAAAAAAGAAAAAAAGAAAAAGAAAAUUGUGUAACUCACGUAUUUAAAGUCAUCUGUGUUCUGAGAAAUGGUCAGUCCCAUAUUUGAUUUCAUUUAAACGGGUAGUAUAAGUGUUUUUGGCUUCUCUUCUAUAGCACGCAUAGUGUUGAGCUGAAUUAUAGCUUUUAAAUCCAUUGUAUCUUGUAUUCAGUAGCAGCAUAAUUCCAGCAAAAAACGCAGUGUUGCUCCACCGACUGACGCUGGGAGAGGAACGUUACACCGGGGCUGGGCGAGUUACGUUAACUGUGAUGGUCAAAGUGUACAAAUAUUCUUCAUCACUUCCGUUAUUACUCAUUGUUCUCUGGCUGGAUUGCUCACUUUAUCUCUCCUAAUCACCCAGUUAGAUAAUUAUGCAACAGUUUUGUUGUCUUUCUCUGAAAAUGAACAUAUUUGUGCAUCAAAAAAAAAGGGACAUUUCCAGAAGGACUUUCCUAACAGGUGUCAUUAUUUAACUGAUAUCGUAUGAAGAAAACUACACUGUAAAGAGCACAGGGGUCCAAGCACACACACAGACAGACAGAUAAUUACCCAGUGAUCUCUGUCCACAUCGCCCAGCCCUAAGUUUUAUCUAAUUAUCUCAAUAAUGUCCAACCAGACUGAAGUCGUGUUUCCGUAUAACUUGUAGGUCAACUCAAGUUAUCUGCUUGACUCAAAUAUUUUACCAAAUGUUUGUGGCGUCUACUCUUCAUGCUGCAGGCAACACAAUUAUUAUUAUUACCAUUGAUUCUGUUGAUGUGACGCACUAAAAUUAAUUCUACAAUGAUGGUACAAUCAAAUUGUAACUGCUGGCCAAUGUAUUUCUGGGUAGCAUGUUUGGGUAAACAGAUGUAGAGGACAUUUGUGUCGUUCGUUCUCCUGUACAAGGUAACGUUAACCGGCCUGUUUAUGAGGCCCCGUAGCGUUACCUUGGUGAUAUUUUUAUCUCUAACGUAUGAAAAACAAGCAUAAAGUGGUCUUUAAUGCACUAAUAGUGAACUUUUAAUUCAGCAAACAAAGUUCACGGAAAUGUAAAUGAAUUAAUGUGCUGUGUUUGGAAAAAAAAAAAAGAAAAUAUAUCCACUACAAAGGAAUCUAAAGUCCAGUCUUGUCUACGUUAUUAGGUUCAAAAACUUGACUCUAAAUAUCAAUGCAGUACCUGUUGAAUUCUGUAAAAAAACAAAACAAAAAAAAACAAAACAAUGUUUGUUGAUUUCAUUCUUGUACAUAAUCGCCUGCAGUGAAACAUUUUUGUGCACUCAACCUUGGAUUUAUUCUCAAAUCCUGUUAAUGUCCUUUGCAUUUUAGAAUAUGAAAAUAAAAUGACUCUUGAUGAUUAAAA